UAAUUGAUAAGAAACGGAGUAACGCACUAACGCCCGCUCCGAUCUAAAAUCUCCUACUGAAAGUCGUUGCAAAUUGACACUUGCCGUUGGAUUAAAUUCUACAGACUACAACUUACUACUGUCGACUUCGGUCUACACAGUACACACACUACUCAACAGUACGGCCGUUGUAUAUUUUGUACGUGAGCUGAGGUUGAUUGACAUCGCUUAUUACGAUUUACGGUGCAAUAUUUUACGGGACAGUAAGUUUUGUACAUAAGUAUGUUUGACAGCAAUUAAUUGUUUUAAAAAAGUACCUAUUGAUAAAUACAAAUCUGUAAUUUAAUGUCAAGUUUUUAACUUGAAACCAAUAACGUUUAUUUUUAAAAAAAAAAAACACUACUGUCAUUAGGUAUGUCUCUUUUAUUUAAUACAAGACUAGUUAAAUGCAUAAAAAGAAUUUUUCCUGUUGUCAAACAUAAUAUAUCGAUCAAUAGUUAUAAACAAACAUUAGCGUUUCCUAAUUCAAAACAAAGUGUACAAACUUCUAUAAGAUACAUUCUGUCAAAUCGUACGAAUGCAGCAAAAUCAAUAGUCUUUGGAUUUUCAUUACUUGGUUUAAUUGGACUUGACGAGAGUGAUAAAGAUAAAGAACUAAUCUAUACCAUUAAAAGAGGCCUAUUGCAUUUACAAAAUGACGAUUACAAUGCUUUUGAACAAACAUUACAUGAGGCUCUCAAAAUGGCCUAUGAUUUAAAGAAUUUUGAUGGUGUUACAUAUGUAUAUGAUGUGUUAGCAAAUGGAGCUUUUAUGAAUAAGGAAUAUGAAAAAGCAAAAAAUCUAUUUACCACAGUCAUUAGUCGGUUAUUUGAUCAAGGAGGCCUUGAAGAUGAUCUUAACGUUCUACACAUAAGUCUUAAACUUUCUAAAAUUUACGAAGCUCAAAAAGAUUAUAAAAAUUCUGAAAUUGGUUACAUAUACUGUGUACAACGUUUGGAGAAGAAGCUUAAAAUUGAUCCUGAAAACGAAGACGUUUUAGGUUUAUAUGCUAUAACAUUAGAUGCAUAUGCUCGUUAUUUAAUGAACCAAGGACAAACUAAGAACGCAAGAGCAUAUUUUAGAAAGGCCUAUAAUGCUAGUGUUAAGUUGAAUGGAGAAGUAUUUGAAAUGAAUGUCAUUUUAUUGAAUGAUCUGGGAACCCUAUGCUAUAUCCAAGGAAAGUUAGAUAAGGCAUUGCACUACUUUAAAAAGGCAGAACAAAUUGGGCAACAUCUUCCUGACAUGGAAAAUUUUUCGACGGUUUAUAUAAACCUUGGUAACAUUUACUUAAAACAAGGAAUGUUAAAAGAAGCGGAACAAAAUUGUGUGGAAGGAAUGAAAAAUGCUAAAAGACAUCGUUAUGAUGAAGGCAAAAAAGAAGCAGAAAUUUGUUUAGCUGAAAUAAAAAGUGCUAUGAAGUGACUUUUAUUAAGUGAAUUUAUUUUUGUUUUGUAGGCCAAAUGUUAAUUAGUAUUUUAUUUCUUCAAAUCUUUUAUUGCUAUAAUUUUCUAUUGUAGAUAUAUAUGUAUGUAUGAAAUUAUUGAGUACAAGAAAUAAAUUGAAAGGUUGUAUGUUAUAUCAAA